AUGCAGCUGCGGAAUGCUCUCCAUGCGCCGCACUGGAACAUCAAUGCCCACAGCAUCAUGUACGUGACCGCAGGACGGGGCCGAGUCCAGAUAGUCAACAAUCUAGGCAGGAACGUCUUCAGCGGCGAGCUCCGUCGAGGACAAGUGCUGGUCGUCCCGCAAAAUUUUGCAGUGGUGAAGCGGGCAGAAAGUGAGAGUUUUGAGUGGGUGUCGUUCAAGACCAACAACAACGCCAUGGUCAACCAGAUCGUCGGGAAGGCCUCGGCUCUCUGCGGCAUGCCGGUGGACGUGCUGGCGAACGCCUACCAUCUGUCCAGAGAAGAGGCUACAAGGCUCAAGUACAACAGAAGAGAUCAGAUGACCGUCUUCACUCCUAGGACCGUGUUAGGUGUUUAA